AUUUCUCUCCCAAUUGUCUUCACUUUCCGUCUUCUCCAGUAAGUUCAUAUAUUACUAUUUACUGUAAUUUCAUUCUUGAUAUUGUUACUUACACGUAUUAUACAUGACGUAAUUACAAGUGCUACUGUGUAUUAAAAGUCUAUACGAAUACAAUGGCGGUGUCAUUUUAUUGGACUCUGUCAAUUAAUUAAUUAUCAGUGGCACAUUCGAAUAAUAUUAAAAAGAAUAUGCUUUUCUUUUUUCCAUCCCAACUGUUCUUCAACUCUCAGUCUUUGUCAGUUAAUUAUUUUUUUCUGUACUAUGAUUUCUUUCUAUUUUGUAGUUUUUUUUUGGGUUUCUUGCCUAAUUAGCUCAACACUUAUUAUCUGAGCUAAGUUUAGUUUUUGAUACUAUUUUAUUGAUGGGGUUUUGGUUUGAUUUGUUGGGUAUUCAGCAAAUUUGUAUAUUUUUUUGAUUGUUUUUCCUUUUGUCUUUAUAUUAUAAGAAAGGCAGCUUCUUUUAUUGAUUAGUAUUUGAAUUGUGAUCAAUUAAUGUUCUUUGAUCCCUAUUCUUCAAAAAUUCAAAUGUGUAUGUAGUGUAAAGAUUGGGGAAAGUGUUAAAAAUUGAAUCUUUGUGGGGGAAGAUUUGAAUGUAUGUUCAAUUUGAUGAAUGAAAUGUAGUAAAUGAGCCUAAAAAAAUUCAAUCUUGAUAAGUUGGGUUUUUGAUUUUUUGAUAUUCAUAAUAUUAGAAAAAAUGAAUACUGUGGGGAGGAUAGGUAGCUACAUUGGGAGAGGAGUAAGUAGUGUAUCCGGGACUUUCCAUCCGUUUGGUGGUGCUGUAGAUAUCAUAGUGGUGGAGCAGCCAGAUGGGAGUUUGAAAUCCUCUCCAUGGUAUGUUCGAUUUGGGAAGUUUCAGGGAGUUUUGAAGGCAAGAGAAAAGGUGGUUAAUAUAGCUGUGAAUGGCGUUGAAGCCGGUUUUCAUAUGUUUUUAGAUAGUAGGGGAAGGGCUUUCUUUAUAAAGGAGAUAGAUUUAGAGGACGGGGAUUCGUCGUCUUUUUCUUCAUCCUCAGGUGAGGAUACUGAUGGGCAAAGCAGUAGUAAGCGGCCAACAAUAUCGAAGAAUUGUAAUUAUGAUCCUGCUGAGUCAGCUACUCAGAGUAAUGCGAGUGGUGAGGAAGUCUUGGUGAGGGCAAAUACCCGAAGACCUGGGAUUUUAGGGAUGGUUUUUGGGAGGAAGUCGAUGAAAAAAGACAGGCUUUCCGAGGAAGGCAGUGAUGCUGGUAUUAUGAGGAUAGACUCAUUGGAACGCGCUGAAAUGGCGGCUGAUCUGUUAGAAAUGAAGUGGUCUACUAAUCUUACCCCUAAGAGGUACAAUAAAGAUUAUGGCAUACCAGUUUCUGCCCAAGAUAUGUCAAAGGGUGCUAAAGAAGAGGACUUGCAAAUAAAUGGCAAAAAAAGUGAUAUGAGUUCUCUUGCACAUGAUGACAUGUUAGAAAAUGUUGAUUUCCGUGAGCCUGCUCGUGAGAAGGAUGAUGGUUCUCAUCCAAGCUUUCAGACUCGAGAGAAGUCUGUCAAGAAAAUUGGUAAACAUGUGUUAUUUUCAGCAUCUGUGAAUGCCACUGGAGUGUCCAUUGUCCAAGAUGUUGAAGAUAAUAGUCGUGAAGAAAGCUUAAGAAUUUCUGGUGACAGCGGUGAAGAAUGUGUAGUUAAUGCUGAUCAUAAUGCCAUGGGUGGUACAUUUAUAUCUGGGGUGGGGAGCCCCAGUUCAAAAUUUGUGGACUUCCCUGAGAUAGAGAAACACGAUUCUUUUACAGUUAGCCGUCUUCCUGAGGAGGAAAACGAAAUCUCUGCAGUCCAGUCCUUUUCCUAUUGUGACACUGAAGAGAACUCAACAGCGGUGCUGGAUGUUUCAACUGAAGAAUUUACUCAAAACUUGGGUGCUUCUCGUGAUCUCGAAGCUCGCAUGCACACUCAAACAGUGCUCAGUAUGAAUGAUUUGAUGUCAAACGGAAACUCACAAUCAGAAGAAGACUUGUUAUUUGAAAAGGAUCCUUCAAAUGGUUUCAACGUUAUAACCAACAAUACUUAUCCAAACGCAAUCACUCAUUUAAUGGUCUCCGGAAGCGGUUCGUUGAAUAGCUCUGCUGCAGAAGCAGAUUUUGGGUGCAUAUUACCCAUCUCUGGUUCCAGUACCUCAACCUAUGAAGAUCAAGAUCAGAGGACUAGCAUAACAGAUAAAUCAAUAAGCAAACUGGGAGCCUCUGCCGGGGCUCUUGGUGCUGCUAAUGAAUCUAGUGGCAGUUUAGUCCCACUUACUGUUUCUUCACCAGAAAGCUUGGAGGAAGAGCACCUUGUCUUUGGUGAUAUUGAUGAUUGUUGCGACACUGUAGCCAGAUGCACGGAGUCCAGUUCUUUAGAUUAUAAGGAAAAAGAAGAUUACCCCCCUGCAUCUUCAGGCUCUCCUGAUAUCGAAGACUAUCGAGUACCAAACGAUGAGUCUGGUCCUACUCUAGACAAGUCCAUCCAAAGCGAUCUGCCAAAUGUUGCAGAUGGAAGAAAACUCAAAACUGUGUCAAGCAAUGUUGAAAUUCCUGCAAUAGUGCAGGACAAAGAACUUAAGCGGAUAGGCAGAUCUUUACCCAAUAUGUGGCCUCGUGAUAAUGCUUUUCCUUCUAACCCGGAGGACUUACAUUCAUCAAUUGUACUUCAGACAACAGAUGUUGUUGAGUUCUCGGAGGAGGUGAAAAAUAUUUCAGCAACCCCAGAAAUUGAAAGAGAUCCCAGAUCCAUUAAUUCAUCUAGUAGUAGCUGGAGAUCAUGGUCUUUUUCUUUUAAGAGAUCAAGAAGCAUGAAAAAUUCUGGGCCGUCCAUAGAUGAAGAUGUAAAUUCUGAUGCUAAAAAUAUUUCAAAAAACACAGGUGGUGAUGUGCCAAGGCCAAAGAUUUCUAAGAAGAAAAUAAUGUUAAACACUCCAACAUCUGAACAGCUGGCUACUUUGAAUCUGAAGGAGGGAAAGAAUAUAGUUGUUUUCACAUUCUCGACCGCAAUGCUGGGGAAACAGCAGGUUGAUGCACGUAUAUAUUUGUGGAGAUGGGACUCAAAAAUUGUCAUAUCUGAUGUUGAUGGAACAAUUACGAGAUCUGAUGUUCUAGGACAGUUCAUGCCCUUGGUUGGGAUGGAUUGGUCACAGAUAGGUGUUGCGCAUCUUUUUUCGGCAAUCAAGGAGAACGGAUAUCAUUUGCUUUUCCUAAGUGCACGUGCUAUUUCACAAGCCUAUCUCACUAGACAAUUCCUGUUUAAUCUUAUGCAGAAUGGAGAGGGUUUACCAGAAGGACCAGUUCUUACAUCUCCUGAUGGGAUUUUUCCUUCUCUAUUUCGAGAAGUGAUUAAAAGAGUUCCUCAUGAAUUCAAAAUCGCUUGCUUAGAGGAUAUAAAAGCAUUGUUCCCUUCCGAUAAGAAUCCCUUUCCCUUCUAUGCUGGUUUUGGAAACAGACACACAGAUGAGAUCAGCUACCUCAAGGUUGGAAUACCUAAAGGGAAAAUCUUCACCAUCAAUCCAAAGGGUCAAAUUGUUGUUAAUCGCCACGUAGAUACAAGAUCAUAUACCUCUCUUCAUAGUCUUGUCACUGCCAUGUUUCCAGCCAUUUUCUCAUGUGAGCAGGUCCUGAGGAUUGAGGUUGUACCCGAAUUGGCAGAAUUCAAAACUGACGGUGAAGGAGGAUUUUAAUGUGUGGAACUUCUGGAGACUUCCGCCUCCUUAUGUUGAUUGAGAAUUAGCACAGUCCACCCUGAAAUAUUUUUUUUGAGAUUCAGGGUUGGUACUCCCAUGGCCAAUGUAAGUUCAGCAAAAGACUAGCGUGUCUAUAGUAUAAAAAUACGCGGCAAGUUUGACUGAACCACAGACAAGGCUCAUUGUAUCUGUAUAUUGCACAUGGAAGUGACUAGUAUAUACUAUCGUUUGAUACACUUCAUCCCGGAGGAAGAAAACCGUGUUCUCUAUCUUCUGCUCAUCAAUCACAGGCUAGCCAAUUUGCUUGGCCAUAUAUGUAUAUACAUAUUCAUGGGAGGAAAAUACGUUCCAUGUCACUCCCCCUCCAGGACUAGUUGAACUUUGUAAAUUGUUGUAGUAUAUGUAGUGAGGAAGUUAAUCUUUGGCUUAUGAUGAACAGGUUUGGUAAGGCAAACUGUUUAUUAUAUGAAAAGCUAUUUUUAGUCUA